AUGGCGCGCUUCGACUCAUCCUCCUCCGGCUCCAGCAGCAGCAACCCCUUCGCCGGACCCUCCGUCGCCGUCAUCCGCGACAUCCCCAUCACCGAGCGCGUGCCGCUGCAGCUCUCCACCACCGCUGCCAACUUCUUCCCGUGGAAGACGUACUUUGGACUGCUCUUCCGCGAGUAUGAUCUCCUUGAUCACGUCGACGGCACCAUCGACCUCCUCGCCAUGCCGCACGACCCCGAGUGGCUCGCCAUCGACGCCACCAUCAUCCGCUGGUUCUACCAGACCGUCUCCAACGACAUCUUCCGCACCGUCGUCCGCGACGGCGACUCCGCCCAUACGGUCUGGGCUAAGAUCACCGGCCUCUUCACCGACAACAAAAUCCAGCGGGUCACCUUCCUCCAACAGGAGUUCUUCGGCACCCACCAGAACGACCUGUCUCUCGAUGACUACGCCCUCAAGCUGAAGAGUCUCUCCGAUGAGCUCCGUGACUUGGAGUUCCCGAUCGAUGACAAGAUCAUGCUCUCCACCCUGUCGGCGGGUCUCGGCGAGGAUCUCAGCAACGCCGCCUCCAACCUCACGCUCCUCACCACGCCCACCUUCGAGCAGGCCGUGGCGUACCUGCGCCUCGAGGAGCGCCGCCUCAAGCACCUCCGGGCUCGGGCGGCCCACACCGCCUUCGCCGCUGGCUUCUCCCGCGGCGCCCGGACUCCCGCGCCCCGCGCCCCGCGCCCUGCGCCUCGCCCCAUGGGUCCGCCGCCGGGUUUCCCCGCCGCCGCCCCGCCGCCCGGUCAGACCGGUCCCCAGGCCGGCCGGACCGGCCCUCGGACCGGGCACGCCGGCGCCCCGGCCGGCCGGACCGGUCCCUCGGACCGGCCAGCCGGCUCCUCCCGGUGGUAG